AUGUUGAACCUCUCCAGCUUCGUGCAAAAAGCCCAACAGCUACUGGACCCCACUCAGGGUUUGAAUAUCACCGACUCGGACAGAAAUCCAUCCAAAGCAUCCCUCUUUCAAGCCCAGUUUAGACUUCCAGCCUCUCAACACCCGCUCUACGAGAUCACCGCCGAGCUUACCAUUCCCCUUGCCAACGCCACACAGAGCGACAGAGACCGUGAAAGAGGCUACCAGUACGCCGGAAAGCUUCACCUGUCCGAGUCCUACCUCUGCUUCUCUACCACACCAUCCAGUUUCUUGCAGUCUGCGAGCACCCCGACUUCGUCGGUAUUCACUGGCCAGACACACGGUGGAGGGCCGAGCGGGAACGGCUUCACCUUCCCCCUGUCAUCCAUUCGGAGGGUCGAGCGGCUUCACAGCCAGAACUUUCAGUUUGCCCUAGCUAUCAGCACAUGGAACGGUAUAAGCCAGGAAGCCGCCAAGGACAAGGACAAGAAGGACCUAAGAGAACAACGGAUUACCAUCCAGCUGGCCAGUAGUCGGCAGGCAUGUGAGAGGUUUUGCGAUGGUCUAAAAAAGGGUCUCCGAACAAACGUUGGAAAUGUGGCCAAACUGAAAAAGGUGGUGAGCGAGUGCUAUUCUGAAUACCUUCUCCGACCCGAAGAACAGAAAAAUGCGACGCCUCCCGAUGCCGGCUUGGGCCUCAUUUUCAAGUACCCCGGCGAUCCCAAGAAGCUUCGAGACAGGGCCAAGAUGCGGCUGUGGGCCGAGUAUUUGAGAGACAAUGGACGGAAUGCGACAUUAAUCCGUCAGCCUACCUUCCACAAACUAAUCAGAGUCGGGCUGCCGAACAGGCUGAGGGGUGAGAUGUGGGAGCUGACGUCUGGGUCGCUAUAUCUGCGGCUUGAAAACCCAACACUGUACGCCGACACGCUCGCCAAGCAUUCGGGCAUGGAAUCUCUGGCUAUUGAUGAGAUCGAAAAGGACCUGAAUCGCAGUCUUCCGGAAUAUCCUGGCUUCCAGAGCGAGGAGGGCAUCGGCCGUCUUCGGCGGGUCUUGACUGCCUACAGCUGGGUCAAUGCCGAUGUUGGCUACUGCCAGGCGAUGAACAUUGUCGUUGCGGCCUUGCUGAUCUACAUGUCAGAAGCACAGGCCUUCUUCCUUCUCUCCGCCCUGUGCGAUCGGUUGGUGCCGGGUUACUAUUCAACCACCAUGUACGGCACCCUUCUCGACCAAAAGGUGUUUGAGUCCUUGGUGGAGAAGACCAUGCCCAUCUUGUGGGAACAUCUCGUGAAGAGUGACGUGCAGCUGUCUGUCGUGUCGCUGCCUUGGUUCCUCUCGCUUUAUAUCAACUCGAUGCCUCUCGUCUUCGCCUUCAGGGUCUUGGACGUGUUCUUUGUCGAGGGCCCCAAAGUGCUGUUCCAGGUUGGCCUGGCCAUCUUGAGGAUAAACGGAGAGGAACUCUUAGAUGCGGCGGAUGACGGAGCCUUCAUCUCGGUCCUCAAGUCCUACUUUGCCCGUCUCGAUGAAUCUGCUCACCCCAAGUCUGAGAAUCCCAAACUCAGGGCGGUCACUCGGUUCCAGGAGCUCAUGGUGGUGGCCUUCAAGGAGUUCUCGGGCAUCACGCACAACAGUAUUACCGAGCUUCGCCUCAAAAACAAGGACGCCGUCCUGAACAACAUCGAGAGCUUUGCAAAGCGAACGGCCAUCAGAAAUCUUGGCCCCGAUAGCAAGCUGCUGAGCGCCGAUGAGUUGGCCGCCUUGUACGACAGGUUCUAUGGCGUGUUGUACGAGAGACAACAGCGAGACCACAUCAUUAAGCAGGAGCAAGCAAGGCGAGCCAAGAACAGCCGCUCACGGGCGGCUGCUGUUGAAGGACACGACGAAAGCAUCGAGAAAGGUCGGGUUGGGUUGGGACCGAGCACCAGCCUGAUGGACUAUGACGCGUUCCGUGAAUUCCUGGCGGGAAUGUCCAGAUGGGCCAUCUCAGACGCACCCAGCACGCCGCGACGUGAGACUACGGGGGAUAGGCAGACAGGCUUCUACGGCAGCUUUAGACGAGGUGACGUGACGUUGUCUCCCUGGGGGGCAGGUCCCGAACCGGCAGAUCAUGAAUUUGUCCAGCGACUGUUUGCGAAGUGGGACGUGGGAUCCGCCUCCGCUCUCACUCUCCAAAACGUUGUGUCGGGCAUGGCUCGUAUCAAAGGGAAGCGCGACAUCAUGGGCACCAUCAACUACUUUUUUGAACUACACGAUGACGACGGAGACGGCAGGGUCGAUCGCGAAGGCAUUUUGCGCAUGUCCGAGGCCUUGCUUUUCCUAUCUCGCCGUGGGCUGGAAGGCACGCUAAGCCCGUCAAGUUCGAAUCUCGCCCUCAGUACAGACAACGUGAACGGUGGCGGCGAGAACCCAGGCCAUUCUAUCAAUGAGAGGUUCCUUGGCAGCGUCAGCGCCUUCAUCAGGAGAUGCUUUGAAUAUGCCGACCCGGAUCAUCCACAGAAUCAAAAUGCGAUACAAGACGUGCAAGAACGACUAGAUGCGCAGAAGCUAGAGGAUGAUGAGGAGCUCGCAGACCCCGACGCCUUCGCCAUUGGCGAUGACGACGAUGACGAUGACGAUCUCAUGGCCAUGGAAUCACCAUCCGCAAGUCCCAAAACAGCAGCUGUUCGCCCUGACAAAAAGCUCGGCCAGCCACCUGAGCUGCAACUGAAUUCAGCAUCUGCAGGGCUCUCCACGGACGAUGACAUGUCAGCACGAAGACGGGUGUCCAAAGCUCAGUCGGUCAAGGCCAACGCCGCCUUGGACCCAUCAAACCCGUUGCACAUUACUCUCCCAACAUUCCGCAUGGUUGUACUUGCAGACGAGCUUCUGGAACAGUUCUUCGAGUCAUCCUUCCCAGCAUCAUUUCACAUUAUUGAGGGUCUGGCCUCUUCGACCACACCCACCAGCGCAUCGUCCUUGACUACCUUCUCCAGUCUUGGUAUCGGCGCCGGACGGGCUGUCAAUGCCGCGCUCGGUGGCGCUCCCGGGGCACCUGGUGCUGCCGCUGGAGGUCGCGGCCUGCGCGGUGUCUUGGAUAACAUUGUCACCGACGGGAUGCGCGUGGCGGCUGAAGUCCGCCGUAGGAUGGAGGAGGCCCAGCGCGAGCUUGAAAAGAACGCACUCCCAGGCCAGCGCACCGAGGAGGACGACGACGAAGAGGACGAUGAUGUGGGGCUUGGACGGCCAUCAGGGGCUGGAAAGAGUGGGGCGUACUCUGGCGAUGCGGAACGGCGAAGCGUGCGCAGUUCGGACCGAGACCUCUUGACAGGUGCAGACGCUGAAGCUAGUGACGCGACAGCGGCAGGUGCCGGACGUGCCAGCGGGAGUCCCGAGGGUGGGGGUGGUGGGAAUGGGGCCGGUAAUGAGCCUGGCAAGGGCGCGGGGGCUGGCAAAGUUGUUGGGGUCGAGUUCGAUGGCUAG